GGGCCGAGGCUGGGCCGGCCAUGUGGCGGAGGAGAAGCCAGCGCGAGAAGUGUUAAAUAAUUUGAAGUUCUGCCCCACGCACGCCGCCUCGCCGCCUGGGGACCCUGCAGGAGGUGGCCGAGCAUUCUGUGGAAGGGAAGUUCAGGAGGAAUAAGUCGUGAUAAUGGCGUACGAAAUGGUAAUGCCAGUAAUAGCAGGUGCCUCUGGGGUCUUCGCUGGCUGCGCCGUGCUGUACAGCAAAAUAAGGCCAAGGUUUCCAGUCCGUGUCAACUGCUGGUUUUGUAACAAAGAUACGAAAGUUGAAUUUAGGCAUAGAGAAGGCUGGAUGUGUCCUUCAUGUGAGCAAUACAAUGGAUUCACAGAGGAUGGUGAUUACAACCGAGACUUACCUGCUCAAUACUGCAGUAGCCUCAACUCCCCAGUAGGUUGUCAGACAGCUAAGAAACCUCAAACUCAGCCAAGUCUUGCAUUAGGUAAUGGCUUUUGUCAAACAUGCAAUCUCAACCAAACGUUAAAAGUUCGAGCAUUAGCAGACUACACACCCAAUUGAUCCCGAUAACUAUGACCAGGAAAU